AGGUCUUGAGGCGAAUACUGGGUUCCAUGGUACCUGUACGAAAGAGGAAUUAUCUCACGACACAAAUACGAUCGAAUCCCGAUCUUUAUGGUGAGUUGUACCUUACUUAUUUCUAUUAUUGUGAAACAUAAACUGAAUCUAAGUUAAAAACCAGGAUUUGGGACAUCUAACAUUCUAACUAAUUACAUUAGUCUAAGUAUAAUUUGAGUAUUGAAAAAUGGCCUUCGAGCAUACUGAUUGGCUCCCUCAGCAGUAACUCUGAGGCAAUAGUUACUGCUAAGACUAAUCUGAGCAGCAACUAUUGCUUUUCAAAAAAAUGGCUGAAAAUCAGACGGAAGUAAAUUCUAUAAAAUAAACACGUAUAUUAGUUGUAUUUAUUAAUAAAACUCUUUCAAUCCUGAAAUUAUACUAAAACAAUUAAUCGCCUCAGGCUCGGUAAUCACAAGCCUAUAUAAUCACAAGCCUUCGGCACAGUGAAUAUAUAGGCUUGCAUCACCUCGCCUUCGGCGACUAGUUGUUAAUUAAAUAGGGAGAGCUAACUGGAUUUAUCAGAGUUAACUGGUUUUUAUUCAGGCAUGCUAUCCUCGAGGCUUAUCCUAGGCCACAGGUUUCUUCUUUUUGAGAUUUGCGCUGAAAUAAAAAUUAAAGUGCCAAUAUCACCUGUGGGACAUUUAUGGGUUUGAAAACAGCGUAAAAAUUAUUUAAUAAGUUCAAAAGAUUUUUUUGAUUUAGUGCAAUAAUUUAGAAGAUACAGGCCUCUAAACUACCUACAGUUCCGGAGUCCCAGGCUUCUAUGCACAAUGGACAGUUUGGAAAAAGGCCAAAUUCAAUAGCCGUGUUUACACCCCAGGAGACUGGGACUCAGGAACAGUCCGUUGUUUAAAGGUCUAUAUCCUCAAAACUAUUGCACUAAGUCAAAAAUUCCUUUGAACUUAUUACUAACUAACUUCUACGCUGUUUUCAAAUCCAUAAAGGUCCCACAAGUGAUAUAGGUACUUUAAUUAAUUUUAAGGGCGUGGUGCUAGUCUGUUUAUUACCGUUAUAACUCAAUCUCAAGGUCUUUAUAUAAUCAUAAACAAAAGUCUCUAGAAGUAAUUUCUGCAGUAAGGUAUUUACUUGCCUAGAAUUCUUCGGCUGUCCGGUUUCCUGCCCAAUCUUAGUUUCCCACUGGCAAAAUGUCUGCCCAUGAAAUUUCCUUUUUCUUCGACUUUUCCUACUGCAAUUUAGCAUACAACGUUUAAUAAUUGAUUAUUUGUGGUAUCUCAUGCUUUUACUACCUAACGUCUACAUUUGACGGAUCUUUAUGUAUUUUUCAAAGGUCCAUUUUGGAUUUGUGCCACCUUGGUAGUAACCAUAGCGAUAUCAGGAAAUCUAGCGAACUACUUGAUACAUACUGGUGAUCACAACUGGGCGUACGAUUUUCAUAAAAGUAAGUCAGGAAACGCUGAAACUUGUGACGCCGUUAAAAGUUACGAAGAUAAAAUUUUAACAUGACUUUUUUGAAAGUUAUAUGCUGUAUGUACAGUAUUACAAUAACUGUAAUUACGAUAUCUUUCGAGAGGGUAAAAUUUGAAAUUCUGAAAAUUCCUGUAAGUAUUGAACUUAACAUCCCAAUCAAAUCAAGCAUUCAGAUCAAAGAAUAAAUAUGUAUUCAUGAGAAUUUGAAAUCAUAAAAAACAAGACAUUUUAGCCGAGACCAUUACAACCUAUUACUGGCUUUUCAAAAAUAUCAGUGGCCGUUCAUAUCCUUCAAUGCACUUCAAUUCCCUCUUUUAAAUACAAUUUGUAUAGAUGCUUAUUAUUUUUCUAAAUUUGAAUCGACCGUGGAAAACGUUUAAUACGUUCAAAAUGUUGUUCUUACAAGUUCUUGCCCUGAAGGGGGUAUUUUCACGCACUUUUCAUGUCAAUAUUUGUUCAAGUGUAUGAAUACAUUGAUACUUCUUUCCCCCUUUUUGUGUACUUGCUGUACAAUAUGAAUAAUUAGUAUAUAUUUGGGAGGUGCAUGAUGCUUUUCACGCAAUUCGAUUUGUUGCCCAGUUCCGGAUAUCCUUGCACUAUUCACUUCCAGACAGAAAGAAAAUGGCUUCCCGUUUCGUUCCGGUUCCAGACGAGCAAAUUAUUGUACAAAAGGCUGAUUUCCAGUGCUGCGUUUUUCAUCCGUUUUUUACGUACGUACACUUACGUUUAAGGUGGAGUAAUACGAGCAACAAAAUUGCUGCAACUUGCAACAAAUUCUGAUUUCAACGCAUGUUAAUUGAAAAUGUUUACACAUAAGUUACAAAUCACGAAGCAACACGUAUCGACAUUUCUGCUUAACAUGCGUUGAAAUAAGAUUUUGUUGUAAGUUGCAGCAAUUUUGUUGCUCGUAGGCUCCAGCUUUACGUACGGGUGCUACGCAAGCGGAAACGGAUGAGUUGAACCAGCUUCAACUCAUCCGUUUCCGCGUAAACGUGAGUGUACGUACGUAAAAAAACGGACGAAAAACGCAGCACUGGAAAUCAGCCUUAAACGAAGCUGCGGUUUUGCCAAAGACGACGAAAGUUAUUCUUUAAAGCUAUUUCUUCUAAUGAAUACAAUUACUAAAAGCGUGUAAAUACUUUCAGCUGAAAUACAAAUUGUUUUAAAUUUAAAAUAUUUUCGUUGUUUUUUGGUAAUUUUUGUUUUGAUAUGAUAUAAAACAAUUAUCCCCCCACGCUCAGUGUCGGUGAAUAGUGCAAGUAUAUUCACUUCAACGCUUCGCAUUUCGGUGAAAUAUCCUUGUACUAUUCACAUCCACUUCGGUGAAAAAAUUGUUAAAUAUAGUGAGGCGUGAGAGGGCGACUGCAUGGAAGCAGGCCUAGUUACAUAUUGUCGUACUUCCACUAUGACUUUCUGUGAGUUCUGUGUCGCUACACGAAGCGGCGCAGGAGACUGCUAGAAACCUUGCGUAAUAUAGUGGACCGUUACAGAGCUCAGAGAAAGAGUGAUUUGAGGAAGUCAAGUAACGUGUAGUUCACUGAUUUUAUCGCAUUAUUCUAGUAACAUUCGCUGCUGUUGCAAUAUUUGCCUACGCUUGGUUGGUACCUGUCGGUGUGUGGGGUGUUCUGACGUGGCGUGGAAACACAUCGGGAUAUUCAUUUCUGGAAAUAAUAUGCGUCUAUGGUUACUCCUUGUCUAUAUUUAUUCCAAUAUCGGUAUGUACGAAAAGAACAUCAUAUAGAACCAUUUCAAUUGUUAAUUGUUGGUUGUCAUAGUCGAACAGCAUGCAAGAUGGGUAUACCACAUUUUAAUAUGCUUAGCUGUUUAGGUAGCCUAUGACCAUAGCUCCUUACAGGUAUGUGUUGGCGAUUCACAGGCAUAUGCAUGAUUUAUAACACAUUUUACCCUAUAAAAUAUCUUAUUCCCAUAAAUUAUACAUUUGGCGAAUGGAUUGUACAUUUGACUAUUGCUUGUGACAAUCUUCAUUGAAAUAGCUGUAGAGCUUAAGAUUAAGAUACAUAUGGCACGUCGUAGCUAUAGUGCCCAGUGAGGCUUGGGCAUGCUUGUUGAUCUUAUUUCUGCGGAGGUUAGCCAAUCUUCGAUGGAAUUAGGCUAUUAUGGCGCAGUCGUAGUACCAGGGGUCCACUAAGCAUGACGACCAAAACUAGUGGUCUGGGAACGUGAAUGCAUCCUUAAACGGAUUUCCAGGUGUACGGCCCGGGGCAGAUUCCUCCCCCACCUGGGAAGUUGGGCUCAAAUUUUCUUCGAAAUUUUACUAACAAAGGUUGUCUUGCGGGUAGGAACACCGCAGUCAAACGUAAAGCACAUGCGCGAGUCUACGAAAAUGGCGGCAGAAAUGUCUGCCCAAAUAAUAGGAGUAAAUUCUGUUACCCCAGAAUUCUUAACUGAACUAACUUUUUGGGUUUUGCAGUGCACGUUUCGAAUUUGAUGUUUCAACUUAUGGAGGAAGCGUUUUUCCAUGGCUCCCAAACGUUAGCGCGUUCUCCCUUAUACCUCUUAAAGUAACGCUUGCUACUGAAAGUUAUAUAGGCCAUAUGUGGAGCAAGAUAUUGCUUAAAUUGUUGACUACGUAUGAACUAAAUGUACUUAGUUUCCAAUAUGUGUCAAUGUUUUUGUACUAAAAGCUAUUUGAAUAUAAAAAAGCUAUUUGAAACUAAUUUUUUGCACAAGCCAUUAUAAAAGAGUAAUUUUAACCCACAAUCGCUAUUCCUCAUGUUACCAUGACAACAUGACGUCACCAUCUAUAUGGCCUAUAUCAACAAAAACAGCCGUCUUAGCGGACAGAUAAGUGCGGUGACCUACCUUUUUUAUUGCAGAAAAUACAUUGUUAUGAAGUUUUGAAUCUUUUUGAAAGUUAUUUGAAAAUCGCCAGUGUAGUUUUCGAGAAACUGAAUUUCAGCCUUUCCAAAGGCUAAAAUGCAGUCUUAAAGGCUAAAAUUCAAUUCGAAAACUACACUGGCGAUUUUCAAGAAGAGUAGCGAUUGUGGGUUAAAAUUACUCUUUUAUAUAAGAAGAAACAAUGGCUUGUGCAAAAAAUUAGUUUCAAAUAGCUUUUUAGAUUCAAAUAGCUUUUUGUUUAAAACACUGACAUAUAUUGGAAACUGCAGGGAGCCUCCUUAGGUGGAGUUGUGGUUGGGUUUUCUCGCGGUGCUCCAGUUUCCUCCUGUACCGUAAAUAUUGAUCUUCCACCUAGCUUUGCUGCGUGAUCAGAUAUUUUGUCGUAUGGCGGCAGCAAAAGUGCUUUAGUAGUAGUUUAGCUCUGAGCUGCCAGCACCCUCGUACUUUUUUGUCUAAUUUAAAUCGAACUACUGUAGUUAAAAAACACUUUAAGCGUGAAAACGAACUUAAAAAGAACUCUAGAAGCGUGAGUUUUGUUCACCGAAAUUAUUUCUUCCAGAUACUGUGGGUAAUACCAUUCGAACUGGUAAGAUGGAUCUUGGUAAUUAUUGGGCUUUGUCUCUCAGGUAACGUGUGACAGCGUGUACGAAUAUUGUAAACAAUUUUUAUUGAUGAUGAAAGGUAUCUUAUAGACCCAUUUUACCUUGUAUACCGUCUUGGAUUAAGGUUACAGAACACGUUUGAGUGUUAAUUUUGCCUAAAAUUUUUUUAUUGGUUUCAAUGAAAGCAUUAGACUAGUUCUACUAUCUGACCAAGUUUGAACGAAAAAUGUUGAAAACUCGCAGAGUUAUUUAAUAAAAUACAUUUCGCUGCAAUAAGAAAAGCAUUGAAAAUGUAAUAUUCAAAUUCAAUUUUCUCACGAAACAUUUUACGGUAAUUACUGAUUUUCAAACGAGUUAUGCUCCUGCGGGUUUUAACCAAUUUUUCUCAAAUUUUCACAGGACAUAGCUAAAUACGUCAGUUUCAAAAUUGUGUUCGGCUUUUUUAAAAUUUUGGAUAUUUUAAAAAUAAAGAGCAAUUCACUCAAACAAUUCAGAAAUAUAUUGCAGUCGUCAAAGAAAUCGCCAUAUCAGCGGAAUGACGAAAUAUACAAAAAUGUCCGAACACAAUUUUUUAGAACAACUAUUUUACUUUAUUUUCAUAAAUAUAACUUAAAACCAGCAGGAGCACAACUCAAAAGCGUAAAGGUACCGCGAUUUAAGAUUUUCCUGAAUAAUUCUUACAUUAUUUUAUUGUUUGUUAAUUUUACAACUUUACCAUAUUUUACAUGCACUGGAGAACAUUUGGUGAAAAUUUGAUGAAAAUCGGACUGAUAUUGAGUGCGCAGUAGCGAUUUUCCGCAAAACGCCAAAAAGGGUGUCCUGUAACCUUAAAGGGCAAAUACGUGACUAGAGAAAAUUAUUUUCCAUUUGUUGCCUAAAUCUGUUGUAAAUAAAAGCAAAAAUUUGCACUGAAACCUCAAGAAACAUAUAAAGAAACGUUAUUACAUUGUGUAUGCUAAGCUUCAUCGAGAAUAAACCGCAUUGACGAUGAACAAACGAAUUUAGUAGUUCAGCUCCAAUUUCGUCCUGAUGAGACUUGGUAUGUUCGAUAGAAAAUCAUUUACGUAUUCCUAGUGCUUUCAGUGCAAAUAUUUUUGCUUUUUGAAAUGAAAGCUUGGACUUCUAAAAACGUGACCAGUCACUUGUUUGCUGUUUACUUACUGAGAAGUUGAAAUUCAAAAUGUUCAUAUCCUUGCGUUUAUUAUUCCAUAGUGCAUUAUAUUUUAUGAAUAUAGUGUGAAUUUAGUGAAUAUAUUGUACAUGUAAACUAAUUCUACAUCCGCUACGCCUCUUUUUCAAAAAUUCCAGAAAAUUUAAAACAAAAAAUUCCGAGAAUUUUUUAAAAAGUCUUUAUAAUGGGCAGUUCUAAGACUUAUAAUGGGCAGUUCUAAGAUUGAGUUUCGAAAACUCAAUUGAGUUUUCGAGUUUUAUAUGAAAACUAGUUAUAAGUUAUGCGUCCAUACAGAUAUUUGAGGCAAAAACAGAAGCAAAUGUCAUUCUGAAAACACAGGAAAUGGUCAUUCUGCAUGGGACGUCUAAAAUUGAACAUUUUCCGGAGGAGAUGCAUGCCCCAGGACCCUCCUAGUUAUUCAGGUAUCCAUCAAGCCAUAACCUCGUUUCUACCACACCCGUUUCGCUACUUCUAAAUGGGUACAUAACCAAUAUUCUAAAUUUUAGAAUGCGGGUAAUACCCAUGCUAGGUAUAUACCUGAGCUACUUGAACUGAAGACAAAACCACAAGCAUUGGGCAAAAGUUUUACUUAUAAAUACAACUGACCGUAACUGGCGGUCGAUGAGGUGGGUGUUGGGAAAACUGGUUUAGGGGUUAGAGGUUAUGGUCGAGUUGGGGUUAGGAUUGCUCAGGUAUAUAUCUAGCAUGGGUAUUACCCGCAUUCUAAAAUUUAGAAUAUUGGUUAUGUACCCAUUUAGAAGUAGCGAAACGGUUGUCUACCACACAGUUAGCCUGUGUUCACUACCUCACUGUGUGUUCUUGCCGAAAUGGGCAGUUCUAGAUGUUUCUUAUGACCCCGGAUAUAUCAAGGAUUAAUAAUAAAAGUGUUUAUUUUAGGAGCGGUUCUUGUUUUAACAUUCUGGCCUGCAGUUAGGGAUGAUGAUAGAAAGGUAAUAUACAAUAUUAGAAUAUAUUGUAGUCACUUCAUGUCUUCUCAUUGGCCAGUAGCUUGGAGCUAAAUAUAGAACUCACGCAAUUCACAUAUAAUAGUGUUAUCCCCUAGCAGAUAACACUGUUAUCUAUAGGUUGAGCCGGCGAUAUAUAAUUUUAUAGCCAGCUGCAGUUUUAAAUACACGAAUAAAAACAAGAAAAACCCCAACAGGAACUGCGAACGGCGUUUUUGUGAAUGAUUUUUGUGCAAAAAGCAGAACUUUUUGACAUUUUUUAUCGGAACUUUAGUAGCUGGAUGAUUGAGUUUUCUAUUAUUUUUCAUGCUGCAUGUUAUUGUUCGACAUUUUAUAUCGUUUUCACUGCUUUUUUUAAAACCAAACGUUGUUUUGUGCGACAAAUCAUUGUUUGUCGAAAGGGUUUGAAACAGUUAUUGAAUCCAGUGAUAUCCCGAUUUAUCAAGAUUUCGGUUGAUAACACUUGGUUAAGCUGAAUUUCAGACGGUCACUCGUUGAGAUGUCCCAAAAGUGGCCGUCUGAAAUUCAGGCGAACACUCACUUCGACCUUGAUAAUUCUGGAUAUCACAAAAAAACUCAUCUAAUAACUGUUUAUCAUGUGAAAUGUAAUAUUCUGACAUUAGCGAGCUUAAGCAAGUGACGUUUUUGACAACACGUCACUUGCUUAAGCUCACUAUUGUUUUAGGUACACCUUUAAGUCUCGGCACAUUUGAGGGUCGAAGUUAAAUAUUGAAUAUCUUUGCUGUCUCUUUCUAGGUGGCGUGGACUAUACUUUUUGUGAUUUUCCUCCUUCAUGGCAGCCUUGCAAUUGGUUUCAAG